AAUUUAGGGUUUUUAUUUUCCUAAUCGCCGGCACCGACUGCCGUCAACCUUCAAAUCGUCGCUCAUCACCUUUUUCUAGCAGUUAUCGUCGGUCGACGAUUCACCGGUCCAGAUGAGGGUGAAAAAGCAGAAGCGGCAUAGGAGAGCUGUGAGGUUUUACACAGCUUGUUUUGGGUUUAGAGAGCCGUUUAAAAUCUUCUGUGAUGGAACAUUUGUGCAUCAUCUUGUUGUUAAUCGCAUAACACCUGCUGAUACUGCAUUGACAAAUAUUCUAGGUGCCCCAGUUAAACUAUUUACCACAAGAUGCGUUCUUGCGGAGUUGAAGAGCCUUGGUGCUUCCUAUCAGGAAGCCCUGAAUGCAGCUAAUAACCUUUUUACUGCACGAUGCGACCAUGAGACGCGGAAAAGUGCUGAAGAUUGCAUAACUGAAGUUAUUGGGGAGAACAAUUCUGAACACUUUUUUGUUGCUACUCAAGAUGCUGAUUUGCGUAGAAGUCUUCAAAAGAUACCUGGUGUGCCCGUAAUUUUUGGUCUGAGGAAUGCAUUAUUUCUCGAACAACCAUCAUCAUUUCAACGUGAAUUUGCCAAAUCUUCUGAAGAAGAACGUCUUCAUAUGACUGACCUGGAGUACAAUAUGCUUAGACAAAGGAAAAAGAGGAGAUUGUCCGAUGACAAACAAGGGGAUUCUUCUGAUGAUGCAUCUGAGGAAAAGAUAGAUGAUGUUUCACAGGCUCAGAUUAUCAAUACAAAUGUUAAGAGGAAUGGAAGUGAUGUCAAGGAUAAAGUUCGCUUCAAGAGAAAGAAAGCUAAGGGUCCAAAUCCACUCUCUAUCAAGAAGAAGAAAAAGAAGUCUGUGGAUACAAAUUUUACGACCUCGGGAAAGGAAAACAAGAAUGGUGAGGGAACUGUGAGAAGCAGGAAGAGAUCAAGGAAGAGGUCGCGCAAAAAUGUUGUAGAAGGAAAUGCUUAGUGUUGAAGGCUUUGUAAUAUCAGGUAAAUGAUGAUCUAUAAAGUUAGAAGUGAAAUGCUGAUGCUGCAUCUUAAUGAGAUAAUUUUCUCUAGAGCACCAUAUAACUGAAGACACAGUUAUUUCGCAAAAACGCCAAAGUACAAUGUAGAAAUUGUUAAUUGCUUUAGAGUUUACAUGAUCUACUG